GGAAGAAAUUUGGAUCGUUCCCGGAGGAAGUUCCCGAGGAGAAGGAGCUUCUCACUCUGGAAGAAGCGGCCCAAAGGAGCAACGGAGAUGUUAUCCCAGAAAUUCCCGAUGGAUCCAACACGGAAAAUUCCCAACUCCCCCCAGAUUCCCUGGAUUUCCCUCAGCCGGAAUUCUCCCCCCCAUCCCCUCCCCCACCUCCCAUGGAUCCCCUUUACCCCCCAAACCCCGACGGGACCGUCCCAGAUCCUCCGGAGGAAGUGCUGGAAGCUCUGAGAACUUUGGGAUACGAUUCCUUCCGGCCCGGCCAGGCUGAGGCCAUCAUGAGGGUCCUUUCCG